AUGGCUACCGAACAAAGCGAGCCACUGCCACUUAUCUUAGACUUGUACGACGAUAAAGAUGUCGAAGAUCGAUUCUGCUGGGGUUUGUUGAGAGCUCUGGUUGAUGGCUCCCAAACCCCAUCCUGGGUCGCUACCGAGCUUGACACCUGGGUUGUACAGGAAUCAUCACGCAAGCUGCAGAUACUCCGGGAGCGACCGAGCUUCAUAAAGACAGACGAUGCUGGUCGUGUACUUCGCCAUAGCGGACCAAACGCCAGCGGAUAUGUUGAUCGCUUUUUCCAAUUUUUCCCCAAUCUGUGUUCUGUUUUCCCGCCUUACCACGCGGGGCAGACCAGGAUUGUUCAGUUUCUUGAAGCCUUGAUGGCCAUGCCUGAGCACCAGGCCCCUGAUUACUAUUUAGACGAUGAUGCACUCAAGGAUGUCCAAAUGAUGUCGCUGUGGUCAGACAAGAGUUAUUCAACAGAGGAACUUCGUAUCGGAGCAGAUGCUAUUAGAUACCCGGGCUCGGGAAUUGACACUCCAGGUAGCGAGGCAGAGGCCCGCUGGCGUAAUUACCAGUCUGCUCUGGCGCGCAUCGCCAUGACGGGCUUUAGCGAUUGCGGAUUCAACAGCGCGCUGCGGGAUAUUAUGCCCUACGGCAAAAAAUGUCCCAGCUUCAACGUCCGCAUAGCCUCCAAGCCUGAACAAAUUGGAGGUCACAUUCAAGGCGCGGCACAAUGGAUCAUACGGCCUGACGAGUUACGCUACGUUUAUGAACAGUGCAAGAAGAAAGAGGAGGUGGAUAAGGAGAACCCUCGAGACACGUGGAGCAUGCAGAAUUGGAAUAUAUGGAAAGCGCAAUUCGAACUUGCUGCUGGCGAUGAGAGAGUUGAUUCACGGGCUCGCGCGAUGGCUACCACAGCCGUUGAAAAGAUGAAUGCAAUUGAAGGGCAAGGUACAUCCCAAUAA